UGGUUGUCGUAGACGUUGUCCAUCCGUGCGUCAAACUGAAAAAAAAAAAAAAAAAAAAAAUAAGAUUGGUUUCACAUGCAAACUGUCAGGAGUAAAGGAAGCGAGCUGACGGCAGCGAUGCAAACCUUCCAGCCACUCUGACUGUCAGUCUUGCAUUCAAAUGGAGGAACGGGCUGUCAUCAGAUAAUUGGAGCUGCAGCCUCCAAGUUGCUGAAGACUCUUGGGAAACCAAAGUCAGUCAUAUAAGAUGUGAAUUUGCUGAAUGAAGAAUGAGAAACUUGAGUACCAGCGUCAUUGCAGAGGACUGACUAAUACCAUCAUUUUCUUCACAUAACCUUGUACCUUUGAGUGCUGCUCAUUCAGUCAUUCUGCUCCUCUGCCUCACACACCUUCAUCUACCAGCUCUGCUGUCCAGCCCAGGCAGAGUGGACCCGUCCCUCUACCCAGGCCUCGCGCCCUCCCAUCGGCGGCCUGUUCUGGCGGUGUGUUGGUGUACGAUGGCGCGGUGGGACGCUGAGGGCUGCCGCGGGGGACUGUGAUGUCAGAGCCCAACAGCCCGGGCGAGAGCCGGCGUGGCGCUCCCAGAUUCUUCGUGGGCUGCGAGGACGAUGAGAGCGAGGUCCUGGAGGACAGCAUGAGGACAGACAUGGAGCUAUAUGAGGACGACGAAGACACAGACUCGCCCCCGGAGCAACAGAUCGUGGUGGGGAUCUGCUGCAUGAUGAAGAAGUCCAAGUCUAAGCCAAUGACCCAGAUCCUGGAGAGGCUGUGCAGGUUUGAGUACAUCACUGUGGUCAUCUUCCCAGAGGACGUCAUCCUCAACGAGCCCGUGGACAAAUGGCCUCUCUGUGACUGCCUCAUCUCCUUCCACUCCAAGGGAUUCCCGCUGGAUAAGGCAGUGAGCUAUGCCAAACUGAGAAACCCUCUGCUCAUCAAUGACCUGAACAUGCAGUACUACAUACAGGACAGGAGAGAGGUGUAUCGCAUCCUGCAGGAGGAAGGGAUUGAUCUACCACGCUAUGCUGUGCUGAACCGUGACCCAGAUAAACCAGAUGAGUGUAACCUGGUGGAAGGAGAGGACCAUGUGGAGGUGAAUGGAGAAAUAUUCCAGAAGCCUUUUGUUGAGAAGCCUGUCUGCGCUGAGGACCACAACGUCUACAUCUACUACCCCACCUCUGCUGGUGGUGGCAGCCAGCGACUCUUCAGAAAGAUCGGGAGCCGGAGCAGUGUGUACUCACCAGAGAGCAAUGUGAGGAAGACAGGCUCUUACAUCUAUGAGGAGUUCAUGCCAACAGACGGCACAGAUGUUAAGGUGUACACUGUGGGGCCGGACUAUGCUCAUGCUGAGGCUCGGAAGUCCCCUGCGCUGGACGGGAAGGUGGAGAGAGACAGCGAGGGGAAGGAGGUCCGCUACCCCGUCAUGCUCUCAGCCAUGGAGAAACUGGUGGCCCGUAAGGUCUGCCUAGCAUUCAAGCAAACUGUGUGUGGCUUCGAUCUUCUCCGAGCCAAUGGACACUCCUAUGUGUGUGAUGUCAAUGGUUUCAGCUUCGUGAAGAACUCAAUGAAGUACUACGACGACUGUGCCAAGAUCCUUGGGAACAUCGUGAUGCGUGAGCUGGCUCCUCAGUUUCAGAUUCCUUGGUCCAUCCCUACUGAGGCAGAGGACAUCCCCAUUGUCCCCACUACGUCAGGGACCAUGAUGGAGCUACGCUGUGUCAUCGCUGUCAUCCGACAUGGAGACAGAACGCCCAAACAGAAGAUGAAGAUGGAAGUUCGCAACCCCAUGUUCUUUGAUCUGUUUGAAAAAUAUGGAGGGUACAAAACAGGGAAAUUAAAGCUGAAGAAGCCAAAACAACUGCAGGAGGUGCUGGACAUCACACGGCAGUUGUUAGCAGAACUAGGGCAACACAAUGACUGCGAGAUAGAAGAGAAGAAGUCCAAACUGGAGCAGCUGAAGACGGUUCUGGAAAUGUAUGGCCACUUCUCGGGGAUCAACAGAAAAGUGCAACUAACUUACUUGCCCCAUGGGCAGCCCAAAACCUCAAGUGAGGAAGAAGACACACGUAAGGAAGGUCCGUCUCUGCUGCUGGUGCUGAAGUGGGGAGGAGAGCUGACUCCUGCUGGCAGAGUACAGGCUGAGGAGCUGGGAAGGGCCUUCCGCUGUAUGUACCCCGGAGGACAAGGAGACUAUGCUGGAUUUCCAGGCUGUGGGUUACUGCGGCUACACAGCACCUACAGACACGACCUGAAGAUAUAUGCGUCUGAUGAAGGCAGGGUGCAGAUGACGGCCGCAGCCUUCGCAAAGGGUUUGCUGGCUCUGGAGGGUGAGCUGACACCCAUCCUGGUGCAGAUGGUGAAGAGCGCCAACAUGAACGGGCUGCUGGACAACGACAGCGACUCCCUGAGCAGCUGCCAGCACCGCGUCAAGGCUCGACUCCAUGAGAUUCUGCAGAAGGACAGAGACUUCACCGACGAAGACUUUGACAGGCUGGCCCCGACCUGUAGUGCCUCUUUGGUGAAUUCAAUGAAGAUAGUCCAGAACCCAGUGGCCACAUGUGACCGGGUCUACUCCCUCAUUCAGAGCCUCACCUCCCAGAUCCGGAAAAGGAUGGAGGACCCCAAGUCAGCUGACCUGCAGCUGUACCACAGUGAGACACUGGAGCUAAUGCUGCAGCGCUGGUCAAAACUUGAGAGGGACUUCCGCAUGAAGAACGGCCGCUACGACAUCAGUAAAAUACCUGACAUUUACGACUGCGUGAAGUACGAUGUCAUCCACAAUGCUACACUGGGCCUUGAGGACACACUGGAGCUGUUCAGACUCUCUCGAGCUUUGGCUGACAUCGUCAUCCCGCAGGAAUAUGGCAUAAAUAAAGUGGAGAAAUUGGACAUAGCAUACGCCUACUGCCUUCCACUGGUCAGAAAGAUCCAGCUUGACCUGCAGAGGACCCACGAGGACGAGUCUGUCAACAAACUGCACCCUCUGUACUCUCGCGGAGUGAUGUCUCCUGGGCGCCAUGUCAGGACACGUUUAUAUUUCACCAGUGAGAGUCAUGUCCACUCCCUGCUCAGCAUUUUCCGCUAUGGAGGCCUGCUUGAUGAGGAGAAGGACCAGCAGUGGAAGCGUGCCAUGGAUUACCUCAGUGCUGUCUCUGAACUCAACUACAUGACUCAGAUUGUCAUCAUGUUGUAUGAGGACAACAAUAAGGACCUCUCCUCAGAGGAACGCUUCCACGUAGAGCUUCACUUCAGCCCUGGUGUCAAAGGUGUUGAGGAGGAGGAGAACGCACCAACCGGCUUUGGCUUCAGGCCUGCUUCUGCAGAGGUAGCACGGCAGAACGGGCAGAAACAGCCCGACCCCGGCAGCCUGGAGGACCUCUCACGAGAUGAGACCGACCGCGCCGUGCCGCUGUCUGAGCCAAUCACUAUUCAGAGGAAGUCCCCACUCAUACGCAAUCAUAAGACUGGAUCCAUGGAGGUUCUGUCAGAGACAUCAUCCUCCAAAGUAGGCAGUUAUCGGCUCUUCUCGCUCUGCUCACGUCAGUCCCCUGAGAUGAAACAAAGUGGAUUGGGCUCUCAGUGCGCCGGGCUCUUCAGCACCACUGUCCUAGGUGGGUCCUCUAGCGCCCCUAACCUGCAGGACUACGCACGCGCACAUCGCAAAAAAUUCUCCACUGGCAGUCUGUCCUACAAAGACGAGUUGUUGUCUAUGCCGGCAGUAAAACGAUUUUCUGUGUCGUUUGCAAAGUAUCCGACUAAUGGAACACAAGAUGACACAUCCACCACAGCAGUGGCUCCACCUCUCUGGUGCACUGCGACAGAGCCCUUGGAGGAGCAUCAUGUGGCCCAGUUGUUGAGGCGUUUCUCCACCGACCUCAGCCUGGGCUGCCACCUCUCUCUGGACGUGGCGCUGGCCCACCACCUCCACCAGUGCUCCUACCACCUCCGCCUCUUCCGAAACUGGCUCAUCUCCGGCCAAGACCCCAUAGAGUACCUCCACGGCUUCGAAGGCUGCUCCAUGGUGCCCUCCAUCUAUCCUCUGGAAACGCUUCACAACUCACUGUCGCUAAAACAGGUCAACGAGUUCCUCGCCGGUGUGUGCGAAAGCGCAGGGGAUCCACACACGAGGACUACCAGAGCUCUAUCAGCCAUGUUUGACACACACAACCAGCCGUCAGUGGACGCGUACAUCCCUCAGAGAGUCUCUUCCUCCAUCUCUCUCAGAUCUCGUUCUGACAGACCUCCUUGGUACAGCAGCGGUCCAUCCAGCACAGUAUCCAGCGCUGGACCAUCCUCUCCCACUACAGCUGACACUUCCCCACGCUUCAGCUUCAGUGAUAAGAUCUCCCUCACCCCUCAGAGCAGCGAGGAAACUCACUCCUCCCAAAACAUUUCCACUCAGCCAGUGGCUGCCGUCGGGUUACAAGUCCUUGACCCAACUUGCCUUGCUAUUUCAAUCCCCUCUGAAGUCCCUCUGACUCCAAAUAACUCACCAGAGGAUGAUGCUGAGCACUGCGCUGUUACUGGUCACCAGCCUGAUGAUCCUGAAUGCACACAGGAAGGGCCAGAGGUGGAUUCUGCAGCCGUGGAUGCCUCCAGCGGUGAUCUGGGCCCGGGACCGCCCUGCUCUGCGUUAGCUGAUCUCACACUGGGUCGGAUGGAGAGUUACUGCCUCCCAGGCUCUCUGCCUGUGCUGUUGGAGCUCAGAGAGAGCAGCAGUGAGGCGGGCUCCAGCUCCCUGACACCCCAGUCUCCAGAGGGGCCUGACGAGUUCUUUGACACUCAGGAGUCGAUGGAAUUGUGGAUGGACAGUCCAGAAAGCCUCCCCCGUCCUGAGACUCCUCUAGAGGUCGGAGCCACUCGCACAGCAGAGCCGUAGGCCGUGGAGACCUCCAGAACAACAGGCUAAAGAUCUGUCAGAAACUACUGUGGUUACAUCUGUAACUUUACAAGCAUCAUCCUUGUUGUCAAUCAUGAGCAGUGAGGCAUUGUACUGAGCUACAGCCAACCGGGCCUCCCAUCUCCUCUAGCUUGAUGACUGUGUGUUGAUAAUAACGAAUGGGCAGCUGAUCCUCACACUAGGCUCUGUGUUGGCGAUCAUAUGACAAUGCCACACAUGCUGUUCAUUGCCUUUUUUUAAAAGCACACUGGUGACACACCAGUGACACCACUGAGCCUCCUCUGACAGUCCACUGGUUCAGUUUAUCUAUCUGUAAAGAUGUAGGAAGCCACUAGUUGUAAGGUGAAGCUUUAUUGUCAAGUUUAAAUUUAACAUCUCUGUUACAGUCGCUUAUAUGCUGUUGCACAGGCCCUUUCCUUAAAGCUGCAUUAAUCAGGUUUUGGCCACUAGGGGGCAGGAACGCCCAGAGACCCACAGCCCUGACAUGUUAUCACCUUAUGAAGCUGUUAUAGCUAAGGUUUUAGCAAUCAGUUGCCUAGUUAUCAAUCAUCUCAUUGGAGCUUGGGUCCACAUGAUGAAUUUAAGUCCAAUAUUCAUUCUCCCUUGAGCUCUGGUUUGCUCUUCAGCAGCUAGCUGCUCCACUAUGUUCACCAGCUAGUCGCUAACAUUCUUCUGUCGGCCAUUUUGUGCUGGGCAGGUUAAGUACAGAGAAUUUAUCAGGGGUUGAUGAGAGCGUUGAGUCUCACCCAUACAGGAAGUAUGCAGUAAAACUAAAACAAUGAGCUAAAAGUGGCCAAAAGGCAUUUCAUGUGUUCAGUUGAUUUAUUGUGACCUUAAAGAUAUUGAUUAAUGGGGCUUUAAAUUGUGUAAAGUCUGUCUUGCGUCUUUCUUACUUUCAGCCCUUACUCUUGGACAGUUGCAGUAGUGAAGUUUUAGCCUUUGCCUUACUAACUUUCAUAACAUCCAUCACAAUCAGGUGACAGGUAUCAGGGCAUGUGGCCUGGCAUUGAGGCAGCCGUGCUUUAUCAUCAGUAUGUAAGCACAAGCUUUGAGUUUUCUUAGUUUGUUACAGGAUACAGAGAUUUAUUUACAUGGACUCAUUACUUUUAUGAGAAACACAGGAAACGACACGCAGUACAAGACAAAGAAAACACAAUCUGUGGCUCUUUCUGCUCUUCAUCAUACGCCAGCGUCCAUCCUGUGCUGAGCUUGGGUGGCGCUACAUGUUUAGAAUCUGCAUCUGUGAUUUUAAAAAAACAAAACAAAAGCUGAAUGACAGCAGCUGAAUCUUCAUUACUGCCAGUUAAAUAUAAGUGUUUAAUCUCCAGUUCAAACCGUGUGUGCACUGCUUACUGCCAAAGCCUUUAAGCCUCAUCGAAGAUUUAAUAUAAUCAGUAGGAAUUGAUAGAGAGAGAAAAUAAUAUUUAUUUUGAAAAUCGAUCUUGGAGAGGGUAUUUUUGAUACCCACAUCAGAUAUUUAAUUGUACCAUAGCUAUUGUAUAGUUUUUGUAAAAUCACCUCAUGAUGUGGGAAAAUCUGAAAGCUAAUCUCUCAUUUUAUCACUGAACAAACAGGAGGGGCAUUUUACAUUAAAUGUGCUUUUAUUGUGGCAAGCAGUUAUGUAGCAGGUGUGUGUGUGUGUGUGUGUGUGUGUGUGUGGGGAGGGGGUGCACACAUGCUUGAGAAGCAAUUCAGGUAGAUGAGUAAGCUGAUGUGUAAUUCUAUGUUCAUGUUACACUGAGAUGUACUGUAGAGGUGAAAAACACAACUGUGAGUUAGUGAAACUCUGAACUGUCAUCCUGUCUGUGUGUGUACAGAUAAUCACUCUGUUUUGCUUUUGUGCAGCAGGUGCUGUUUGCUUAAAGGGUCGAUUCACUCAAAUCACACAAAAAAAAACAUUUUCUCCCUUACCUUUACUGGUAUCUGGCCAUGCAAAUAGUUUUGGUUUCAUUUGUCCAGGUUUUGAGAUGUCUGACUCUGACAUUUCUGUCUGCUCAAAACAUCUAAAAUUUGUUUUGUUUUGUUUUUUAUAAGCAGCAAGUUCUUUCCAGAACCAGUGUCCACAUCACUCUGGAUAAUUCAGACCUCACUGUGAAUGCUUUUCUUUGGAACUGCUGUACUCUAUACUUAAAGAAUAACUUAACACCAGGAUGAAAAUUAGGUAAGUGCAUUUCAAUCUGUUGUUUUCAGUUGCAUUUUCAAUUUGCACAUCAAAAAAAACUUGAGUGGAAACCCCAGAAAAUUUAGAAAAAGUCAAAAUAUCGCAAAAGCUUUUAAUGGUCGGGUGAUGUGGAAAAGUUGGUGUAUGGUGUAAACCAUGACGUACAUGAAGCAUGUCACUUAAACGUUUUCUGAAGAGACUAAAAAUAGCGACAGAUGAGAACAUCAGGUCUGUGUGGAGCGAUGAGGAGACUGUAACCUUCCUUAAAUUAAUACAUGAAACAUGUCACAUUUCCAUCAUGUUUUCUACAGUAUUUUCCACCGUUUGAGAUUUGACUGAAGCGCUUUUAAUUACAUCAUCUUGUUGCGCCGUCUUUCUGCAAUGGUUUAAUGACUCCCGACUGGAGAGUUAGUGCCACUGACUGUUUAUCUUCAUGCACCAAACUCCUACUGUUUGCAUAACAGUAGUGGGUGGAAACGUGCAUUUGGCUAACCUUAACCACGCCCCCAGCAGUGAUGUCAUGGUGUACUGGAGUACAUCUGUACAUCACUGCAGCAAGGUGAGAAGUUAAACCACUGGAGGUCAGCAAAAACAAGAUUUUCACGGGGCGUUGAGUCAUAGAUGCAUUAAGAAAAACUAUGUGUUCCAAGAUUGGCGACCCAUUGAUUCCCAUGAAUGUUGCUCAGUGGCCCGUACAGCCAGAGCACUAGAGUCCUCCUCCGGUUCGAGACUUGGUCGACUUCCUGUUGGCUCUCCGCACACACGAAGGGGAUAAAUAUUUACUGAUACAGCUUUUUAAGACUUAACUAAUUUAAUUGGACCGGAUGAAUCAAAGUCUGAUCAUACAAAGAGUCAUUUCGGGGUGUUUGUGAUGCUCCGAAUAAAAGCUGUGAACGCCACAAACCAAAUUGUGUUCACUUCAAGUGCAUUGAAAUUGAGUCAGAAAUCUCUGAGACAGAUGUCUCAAAACUUGGGCAAAUAAAUCAAACCUAUCUCCGUGGCUAGACACCACGAGGGGUGUCAUUUUUGUAAUUUGGGUGAACUGACCCUUUAAAACCUGCUCUGAAAUCCACCUUUUAAUCACUGAGGAUAAAUCGUCUUGUAGACUUAGUAAUCCAAUAAAGAUCUCCCUGCUGAGCUUUGGUAGCCGCUCUCUUCUGAAUGCUUUGGGAAGUGAAACGCUCUCACGUUUCAUGUCGGAUAUUUGAACCUGUUUGAUGAGCUUUGGUUUAGGUGCACUAUGUGUGUUUUCCUCAAAUCUGUGCUGACUGUACCGAGCUGAUCGACUCCACAGCUCAACCAUCUCCACCAAAGUUUCCUGCCUGGAAUACUCUCGUGUGUGAAGUUUUGGUUUUAGAAAGAUCAUUAUUUGGAACAUCCGCAAUAUACUGUAAUACUUCAACAAUGUUUCAAAAUACAGCUUUGGAAUGUAA